UGGUUACGAGGGCAGCGAGCAUGGCCGCGUCUGUCGUCCGAAGGUUGGCAGCGUUAUCCGGUGCUUCGGCUGUGGCAGCCGGGGCGUAUGGGGCCCAUGGAUUCAAGAAUAGUGACCCAGAUGACUACCAAAGAGUGUUGUUUGAAACUGCAAACAAGUAUCACUUCUACCACAGUCUGGCACUGCUGGGUGCGGCACACUGUGGAAAGCCUGCUGUGGCUGGGCCGCUGCUGUUGGCAGGAAUGGGAAUGUUCUGCGGCUCUCUGUACCACCAAGCAGUUACAGGGGACCCUGGCCUCCGAAAGGUGGCCCCCAUCGGAGGCAUGGCGAUGAUUGCUGGCUGGCUGGCAAUGGUCCUCUGACCUGUCAUGUGAUGAAACAGAACUGAAAAUGACGCGUUCGUAGUCACGUUCAAUGCAUGUACAAUAACCACAGUAGACACCAUGUAUUUACAUAUGACAUUUUUUCUCAAUUGCAUUUAAUAAUAAUAAAAAGGAAAG